CAAUAUAUGUUAAACAGCAUUAGCUGCUGUGGUCCAGUGGUUUGCAGGUAGUGUUAGGACAACGUUAGCUAGUCACUUGGUGGCGAAUGUGUGCAGUGAACUGUCGGCUGUUGUCGAUUAUUAUUUGAUACACUCUUAGCGAGUGUUCUGUCUUUAAUGGGGGAAGUGGUAACUGCACCGUGUUUAAAUCGACAGAUACCCGCUAGCAUCAAACUUAACUUCAGCAGGCUGCUAGCUUAGCUUCGUUCACCGUCACAUAACACAGUCAAUAUAACCCAGCUAACACAAACUAAGAAGAAUGGCAAUGUUUGACAGUUCAUCGGGGUUUCAAACUUAGACCCCAGUCUUCCCCACACAAGAGUGUUUCUUCAUCUCGGAGACUAAAUGCAACUGGACCAGGGGGCUUGUGGGCAUGAAGUGGCUGGGCGAAUCCAAGAACAUGGUAUUAAAUGGCAGACGACACGGAAACAAGUUGACCAGCGAAACACCUGUGAGCCAGAGCCAGACUCGCUCUCAGCAUUCACAGAGGGCAUCCCUGCGCCACAGCAAAAACAGAAACCGAAGAUGUAGCCGUAGGUUUAAUGGAAACAGCCUGGAGGCAGAGAGGCGCUAUGUGCCCUCAUCAGGAAUGACGGCAAAGGAGUUGUGUGAGAACGAUGACCUGACCACGAGCCUCAUCCUGGAUCCAUACCUGGGCUUUCAAACACAUAAAAUGAACACCAGAUUUCGACCAAUUAAGGGAAGACAAGAGGAGCUGAAGGAGCUCAUCGAACGCUUCAAGAAACAUGAUAACUUGGAGAAAGCUUUCAGAGCUUUGAUAUCCGGAGACUGGUCCAGAAAUCUUUUUCUCCACAAGACGAAAGCUCAAGAGAAGCUCUUCAAGCAGCAUGUAUUCGUGUAUCUGCGGAUGUUUGCGACGGACAGCGGAUUUGAGAUUCUCCCUUGUAAUCGCUAUUCAUCGGAGCAAAAUGGAGCUAAAAUUGUGGCAACAAAGGAAUGGAAAAGAAAUGACAAGAUCGAGUACCUGGUUGGAUGUAUCGCUGAGCUUUCAGAAAGUGAGGAAAACAUGCUGCUGCGGCACGGCGAGAACGACUUCAGUGUCAUGUACUCAACCAGAAAGAACUGUGCGCAGCUCUGGCUGGGGCCAGCUGCGUUCAUCAAUCACGAUUGUCGGCCAAAUUGCAAGUUUGUGUCGACGGGGCGGGACACCGCCUGCGUGAAGGUUUUGAGGGACAUUGAACCAGGAGAGGAAAUCUCAUGUUACUACGGCGAUGGGUUUUUUGGGGAGAACAACGAAUUUUGUGAAUGCUAUACGUGUGAACGACGGGGUACUGGUGCUUUCAAAUCCAAAGCUGGACUGCCAGUGGAAGUGCCAGUGAUCAACAGCAAGUACGGGUUGCGGGAGACAGACAAGCGUCUCAACAGACUGAAGAAGAUGGGGGAAGGAAACCGGAGCUCAGACAGUCACUCAGUAGGCUCCCACACUGACGUAGACUCUCAGGAAAUGCCAAAAACACAUCAAUCUGCCAGAAAAAGAACAUCAUCAUCAUCAUCAUCUGGUCUGAAGUAUAAAAACAGGACUCAAUCCAGACAGAGUUUGUCGAGAGCUCUUACUACCUCAUGUUCAAAACAAGGUCGUGUAAACAAUAACAGGGUACCAAAGAGACUAAAAUCCCAAUCCAAGCCUUCACUAAGUAAAGUCCAGUUGCGGAGUCGCAGGAGGGCUGCAGAGCCCAAGGCGCUGGCCAAAGGAGAGACUUGCCAGCUGGGUCUCAGGGACUCAAAGGUGUCGCUCUGUAAAAGUGUCACCAUCAAGAAGGAGAAGGAUGGACAGGAGCUGGUGCAGCAGACACUAGGCCAGCGGGGCUGCCUCACCCGUCAUGCUGCCAAGGAGAACGGCAAUCUGCCACAUGUGCAAAGCAGCGACGGCAGCCAGUGUUCGACGUACAGAACUCGCAGGUCCACACGGACCCUCGUAAAAGCCCAGGAAACGGCCACCGGUGUUAAGCUGGAGCCCAGCGCGAUGGACGGCUUGAGCCCGGUCCCUGGUGGAGUAGUCAUUAAAACGGAGCCAGCUGACAUGGAGGAGUACCUUCACCAAGGAGUGGGGUUGGAGCAGCAGACGUUAGACACUGGCUAUGCCAGAACAGGGUCGUGCACCAGGCGGAAACGGCUGACACGGCUCAGGACCGAGCGGACGAUUAAGUGUGAGGACUCGUAUGGUGAGCCAUUCAUGCCGGUGGCUGCUGGCCACACCGCUAGCUUCUCAGACUGUGGUAAUGUGCUCUUGAGCUUCGCCGACCGACACAGGGACUACAACGGGGUUGCCAAUGGCAGCAAAUCGCUCCGCAGGGACAAGGGUAAGAGUAGCUGCCGGUCACAGGACAAGGGGAAGAAGAAGCGGCGCAUCACACGAUACGACGCUCAGCUCAUCCUGGAGAACAACACGGGCAUCCCCAAACUGACACUCCGCCGGCGGAGGGACAGCAGCAGUAGCAAGACCAAUGACGUCAACGAUCCCAUUGGCUCCUCCAACCUCUCUGCCUCGACGGUCAACUCUGCCUCUUCCAGCAAAAUCAGUAUCAAGUUCAGCAAGGACCACGAUAAGGACAAAGGCAGCUCAUACAUAGCUAAACUGAAUAACGGCUUUGCUCCUGUGGUCCACAGUAACUCCACCAAGCUGAAGAUCCAGCUGAAGAGAGAGGACGAUGCACGCAGAAUAUCCCAGACCAAGGCGGACCCGAUGUCAUAUAAUGGGGACAUAGGUCAGAGUCUGGAGGCCAGAAACGGUGGACAUCGGACCCAAAAGGUCCUGGCGGACCCUUCAUCUGAAGAGGACGACGACGAGGAAGGGGAGGAUGAUGACAACGACUACUUCGACAAUGAGUUCGAAGACGAUUUCAUUCCACUUCCUCCAGCAAAGCGCCUCCGACUCAUCGUGGGUAAAGACUCCAUAGACAUCGAUAUCUCCUCCAGGAGGAGAGAGGAUCAGUCCCUGAGGCUCAACGCAUAAGCUGUGGAGCUCAUCGCUCCCACCUCCCCCUGUAAAUAAAGAUGACUCGCUGAUCAACUGUUGUGUUGAUGUAAAAGAAGUACAUUAAUUUAAAAACAAAAAAAAUUGCUGAGAAAUCAAGAAUCUGAAUGAACGUUACGAGAAGGUGCUGUUGAGCUAAAGCAAAUCUCUGUUCUUCACUUAAGUUGUGCUCAUCACUCUCGUUGUGAGUGUAAUUUGAGUUUUUUAGAAAUACAGAUUAGAUUAAGUACGACUUAACUCACCCAGUAUGUUCUCUGGCAUUUUCUCUGCGUGCUAUGCGAAUUGUAAACAGCAGGAAUUUGCCAAGUUUGUCUGCUUAUUGUUUCUGAAUAACCUCGCCGGAUCAUUAAGUGAAAAACGAGAAUUUGUUUUAAGUUCAACUGUUUCUUUAAGUGAAUGCACUUGUUAUAUUCAUAAUGGACAUGGAUAUUGUAGAAAGUGUACAGUAUGGUGACUAUCCCCUCUGUCUCAUAGGCAGGUUUUUAUUGAACUUUUGAUUUUUGUCCUAUAGUUUGUAAUUUUUUUUGUGGCAAAUCAUGCUGAACGUACCGUAUGGUGUGGUUGGUCCAGAGGCAUUUUAAGAUCAGUCAGUUCAUUUUCAGGUGCCAUGUUCUCAUUAUCCCAGUAGUUUUUCUGCUCAAGAACCACAUGAAUUUCAGUAACUCAUUCAUUUCCAGCUUGGGAUGGAUGAUAAGACCUCAGAUUUAAAUCGUGGUAUUUAGGGCAGAACCCCGUUGUGUUUGUUAUUUUUCUUAGCCUGAGGCUGAAAUUGCUGUGGGCUGGAAUGAGCUGGAAAAAUUGAACUGGGCCCAAUUGGUGGAAACGAUGUACAAAUGCUUCCUGAGUAAUAUGAGCCCAAAUGUCCAGAUGGUGGCGCUGUAAUUGACAUCCAUAAAUACAGUUUUGGAAAGACCAAACCCCUCACACUGAAAUCCUGCACAAACUGAGAAACAAAAAUGAAUUUUGACCACCAACAUCAUUACAAGACUGAGAAACGUUUCCGUGAUAAAUGAGCAGGAUUGGUCGGCAGACAUGGUCGUCAUCAGCAGUAAACCUUUGCAGAGGGCGGGGCUUACAAAGAAAAUGGCCGUAACUCAUUAACGAUUUGUCCGCUUGUCACAAAGCUCAUAUCUUCUGGCCACGUUUGGGAAGAGGGCUGUCAGUUUGAGCCACAGGUUGUCUUGUUUUUGUUUUGGGUUUUUUCAUCCCAUUACAGUAUCAGAGAUGUAAGAGUUAAUCUAAUCAGUAUACCACUCACCCCUAUUGUCAGCAUUAUUCACCGUAUAAUCAUGUCUCUGAAGUGUUCAGUCAUACAAUGUUAAAGCAACAUCUGUGCUAUCAUGUUAUCCUCUUGAACAUCACAGUUCGUGUGCACGCGGAACGACGGCGUGUUUAGUUUGUCUGCAGCCGUCGCACAUUCACGACGUGAACUUCACAGUGCAGAUGCACAAUUUUGUUUUCCCAGCGAAUCGAGUCCCAGCAUUUUGUUCAGCACGCUGCAAAUAAAGUUAAUCAAGCUGCAGAAUUCCAAGAAAUAAAAGCACACAAUGUUUUAUAACCAGUUCAUAAAUGGGGGCGAACAGACCGACCAGCAGCUCUCAUUGUUUUCUUUGGAACUGCUGUAUAAUGGUAACAUGGCACACGUGGUAGGUCAUCCCUUUUAAACAAGUGAGAAAAUCGUACCAAAUCCACAUAAAAAGGCUACCUGUAUGCCGACUGAUGUCCCUCCUAACAUUUAUUUUCUCUUUCGUCCAGUCUCAUUUUUUAAAAAAUUUAUCUAAUCUGAUUUUUGGAGGCAAGUGAACAAAUGUGGAUCGACACUAGAGUUUGGAGAGGAAAAUCACAUUGUCUGAAACGUUCUUACUAGCUAAGGAUCAUGUAUACUUUUCUCUAUGGUGCUACUUUUAUUUCCUUACCAUCUGUUUGAAUUUGUCGUGUGUAAAUCUGUUGGUAGACGGUGGCAGCAUUAACUUAAACAGGCCCAAAUCCUAUAGAAAUACACAUUUCAUCCGUUGUCUCUGUAGCUUUUUUUUGAGUUGUUUGUUUGAUUUUUUUCUUUUCUUUACAGGAGCUCAUACACUUUCAUUUUUUUAGUUUACAAAAAAUUACUGUCUGUCGAGCAGCAUUAGGUGCCUUAACGAAGAGCUUUUUGACCCAUUCAGACCAAAUUUGUCUCACGGCUAAUCAGUGACAAUGCUAAGCCAUCUGCUUCCCCCUUGUAAUAUGGAAACACACACAAGUCCACCUUCAGUCCUUCUGUAUAUUAUUUUAUUUUUGUAGUGUGGAAGUAAAUGAACUGUCCAACAGAUCAAGGGAUCAACUAAGAUUGAAUGUUAACCCACUUUUCCUGUGUUAAUAUGUACUGUUCAUAUCACCAGCAGCUAAUCACCGUUCUGAACCUGGCUCAGUCUGUCCUUCCCCUUCGUCGGACGUCUCCAUCCUACACUGUAAGGUGUUCCAGGUGUACCGUCUGUGUGGUCUUUGUCCAAUAGACAGCUGUCAAGAUUUCCAAUUGAUUCAAAAAGUAAAAGAUUAAAAAAAAAAAAGCAAAACAAAUGUGAAUAGUUUGCGGACAUUUUAGCGUGUUGCGUGGGUAGUGGGAAACAUGUAAAGAGAAUUAAAAAUGGACAGUGUGUAUAUUGUCCGAUAUGUAAAUCAUGUGAACACAUCUUGUACUUAUUUAACAGUUUUGAAUACUUGAAAACUAUAUAAAGUUUCUUUGUGACUCUUGUUUCCUGA